UUUAAUGAAAUUCAUAUGGAAGUUUUUGCACAAGUUGAAAAAAUAUUUUUUAAAAGAAUCAUUGGAAAUGGAGAUCAUAUAAGGAAAUCGGAAUUCAAAUUAAAUAAAUUAAUCAAUGAAAAUUUUGAAGAAAAUCGUAAAUCAAAUUCUUUGACUUUAUAUGAGUAUAAUAUGAAAUUGGCUAAAAAAUUAUGGGAUGAUCAUGUAAAAGUUGGUCUCUCCUUCAAUAAUUUCUUUAAGACCAAAGGGGAAUUAAAUGAUGCGAUCGAAAUUUUUGAGAAAAAUAUGUUAAUUACUUUAAUGAUAGAUUGCCCAGAAACAGAUAUGAUAAAAGCGAAUUUUAAAUCUCAUGAAUAUCAAGAAGCGAUCAUAAAAUUAAAUUCGUUGAAGGCUUUCGACAAUAAAUGGACAAAACAACUUAAAAAAACUCAUGAAGCUGAACAAAAACAACAAAAUAGUGCUUACAUUAGAUUAUUAGAUCAAUUUAAAAAUGAACAUAUAUCUGCUUUAGCUAAUGUUAAAAGUGAAAAUGAAGCAGAGAUAGAAUCAUUAAAAGAGAAAACUAAAAAAUCCAAAAAGACGAAAUGCC